AUGCUCGCCUUCCGCACUGGCGUUCUCGCCUUCGCGGUUUCGGCACUUGCCUGCGGCGACGCUCAUCACAAGAGAGGCCAAGACCACGCGCACGGUCACGUCCACAGCGUUAAGCGCGAGUACCCCCAGUUUCCCUUAACUCCUCCGUAUCGGCCUCUAGUAUGGGGCGACUUCAACGUCAUCCAUACAACCGACACGCACGGAUGGCUUUUGGGGCACCAGAAGGCGACUUGGCCUGAGCCAGACUACAGCGGUGACCUUGGCGAUUUCGCCAGCUUCGUUACACACAUGAAGCAGAUCGCUAUUGAGAAAGAUGUGGACCUCCUUGUGGUCGAUACCGGUGAUCUGCACGAUGGCACUGGUCUGUCUGAUGGGUUCCCUGCUGGUGGCGUCGAUGGGCAUGAGACGAACAAGUUCUUGGCGCAGUUACCGUUUGACCUCAUGACAGUCGGAAACCACGAGCUGUAUGAGUAUGCGGAUGCGUAUGACACGUACAAGAAUCUGGUUCCUCACUUCAACGGGCGUUACCUAGCCUCGAACGUGAAUAUCACUGUUCUCGAUUUGGAUGGGAAGAAUGUCAGCGUACCCAUGGGAGAUCGAUUUGCGAAGUUUAGCACCAUGAAAGGCCGUAAAGUCACGUCGCUCGGUGUCAUCUUUGACUUCACCGGUAACGCCCUGAAUACCACCGUUCAAUUUGCCUCGGACAUGGUGAAAGAGCAAUGGUUUGCUGAAGCCAUCGCUGAUGAACCUGACCUUUUCCUUCUGGUUGGGCACAUGCCUGUCUCCGAUGACUAUUGGCCAGACGUGUUCAACGUUAUCCGUGCUGUACACCCGCAUACUCCUAUUCUGAUCUUUGGAGGUCACUCUCAUAUCCGGGACUGUCAGCAGUACGAUGGUAGGUCUAUGGCGUUGGAAAGUGGCCGCUACAUGGAGACUGUUGGCGCAAACCUUACCAAUGCGAAGGACAACUCGAACGACAUUGCCUUCGAUCGGCGCUACUUGGACCAAAAUCGGGUCACCUAUGAGUACCAUACUGGUAGGGGAAACUUCACAUUUGACACCUUGGGUGGACGUUUCAUCACAUCGGGUCUGCAUGAGUUGGAGAAGAAAUACGAUCUCGACUAUCUAUAUGGCACUGCGCCUCAGGAUUACUUCCUCACUGGGGCGUCUUACCCGUCGAAUAACUCACUUCUAUCUCUCUUCAUUGCCGAAGCUGCUCCCGUUGCUCUAGCCAUCAACAACAGUCGCUCGUCCAUCCCGAACAUCAUGAUCACGAACUCGGGCUCGCAGCGUUUUGACCUGUUCAAGGGCCCGUUCUCGAAGAACGACCAGCUCGUUACGUCGCCGUUCGAGGAUGCGUUCUUGUACAUCCCCGACCUCAAGUUCAGUGUCGCGAACAAGGUUCUCCCAGCGCUCAACAAAGCGGGUGCGGCCGAACGUAGGCGGAAGCGCGAUGUUUUCGAGCGUGAUUUGUGGAGGAAUGAUGAUGAGGAGAUUCGCGCUAUAUUCAACGCAUGGGUGCGGGAGAUGAACGAGCGGGCGGGUAUGGAAAAGCGCGGGAAUGAGGCGGGAAACUUGACGCUCGGAUAUGUCACCAAGGAUUCAUGUCCUGGCGCUGGCGACGACACGAUGCACAUCUCAAUCCCGUCCUACGACAUUCCCGACUUUAUCGGCAGCAAUGCGCCAAAUGUCACCGACGACACGCCCAUCGACCUCGUCUUUGUCGACUUCAUCGAGGAGCAGCUGCUUGGGAUCCUCAACGGUCUUCAGUCGGAAAAGAAGUACGCGGAUAGCGACGUCAAGCCUUACAGCGAUGUCGUUUCGAAUCAAAUUUUGGGCCUUUACGCGCAGCAGAAGUGGAAUUAG